GUUGGACUUGGAUUAUUCACCAACAGGAGAAGAGAUAGUUACAGGUGCAUACGAUAGAACUCUUCGUCUUUUUUAUUCACGGCAAGGACAUAGCCGUGAUAUUUACCAUACCAAGCGGAUGCAACGAAUCUUCUGUGUGAAGUUUAGUAUGGACUCAAAAUAUGUGCUUUCUGGUUCGGAUGACGGGAACAUUCGACUUUGGAAAGCAAAUGCGUCCGAAAAAAUUGGCCCGAAAGAUUACAGAGAACGAGCAUAUUUGGAAUAUGCUGAAAAACUCAAAGAUCGUUAUAAAAAUUUACCAGAAAUUAAAAGAAUAUCCAGGCAUCGACACAUACCAAAAGCUGUUAAAAAUGCCCAAGACACAAAACGUAUUAUGUUACAAUCUCAACGCCGUAAAGAAGAGAAUUUGCGCAAGCAUUCUAAAAAGGAUUCUGUACCAUAUAAGGCUGAGAGGAAAAAAA